GCUCCCAGCUCCCGUGGGCGCAGCACAAGCCGGGAGCAGACCUGCCCCGGCAGUCCCAGGCAGCUGUGCCUGCCGAGCUGAGCUAAGGCGGGGCUGGAGGGCGGUGGUUCCCCUUCCUCUGGCGCUGGCUGUGAGGUGACACUGCCGGCACGCAGCCCUGGCGCUGGGAGCGGCGCAGGGGACUGCAGCAUUGUCCUGGUGUGACCAGCUGGUUGAGCAUCCCUUGUCAUCUUUCUGGGUUGACAGGAGAGCCGCGGUGUGACCUGGUCCCCUGCCCUGGGUCUGCCCUUGGGGACACGGUGCUCCUGACACCUCUCCCUGGCUCUUGCCCAGCGAUGCUUGUUGACGCCCAGCUGCAGCUUCCCUCCACCCACUCUGCGCGGCUCCCAGCCCUGCCUGCCCUGCCCACAUAUUUUCACUUCUGCUUGCAGCAGGCUUGGGAUGGCUGCAGGGCUGCCAUGGCAGCCAGCGCUUCCCACUGGCACAGCUGCCUCAGCGUGAUCGUGUCCCGUGAGAGGCAGCGGCUGGAGCAUUUCCAGAGGGCUGAGGACAUCCUGCUGACCCUGCUGGAAGGUGUGCAUGCCCUGGAGCCCCGCUUCCUUGUGGACUAUGCCAGGAACCUGGAAGCCUUCGAGUUUGUUCUCUGUUCCUCUGAGGAUGCUGUCACCGUGGAGGUUCCCCUGCGGAUCGAUGGCGAUGCCCUGCGGGUGCUGGCGUGCCAGCCUGGGGACUCCCCAGCCAGGAACCAUUCAGGGCUGGGCACCUGCUAUUUGGAAGUGCCCUCUCCACGGACCGACUUGGAGGACUGGACCAGCACUGUGGGUGUGAUGAAGUUGGGUGGUGGUGCGCGGUGCCUGGCUCCAGGCAAAGUCCUCCAGCACCUGAAAGAGCUUCUUGUUUCGGCCAUCGUGCAGUGCCAGCGUCGCUUCCUGCUGCAGCCAGGUGAUCUCAGCGCUGAAAAUUUGCGGGAAGAUGCUAUGGAGCUCUCGCUGCUGAUCUGCGGCGGCUGGAAGACUAUUCGCUUUGACAUUGUCCCUGUGGUGAGGAAGUGGCAGGAGCCGCUGCGGCUCAAGGGGCGGCUGAGUGACAGGGGCUUCCCUGCAGGCAGCCUCCGGAAGGCCACCCAAGAGGCCCACUUUGUCCCGGCCUCUCCCCACUGCUGGAGAUCCUCCUCGCACCUUCCCAUCCUGAAGCUGCUCCAGGCAGUGGACAUGCUGAAGGGACCUCGUCUGGACAGCCUUCGCGUACUCAAUCAGAUACGCAGCCAAGACUGGGGAGAGGAGGGUGGGAAAGGUGGUCUUACCUUCAAGCACCUGAAGAUGGUGCUACUGUGGAGCACGGAGUUUUUCCCCUCCCCAGAGGACUGGCAGGACCUGGAAGGCUCGGUCUACAGGCUGUUGGUGAUCCUCCUCCGCUGCCUGGCCACCCAGCGCCUGCCCCACUUCCUGUACCCGGAGGAGAACCUCUUCCAAGGAGAUCACCCAGACUUCACCUCCCUCUACCCCAAAGUGGAAAGCUUUGCCUGGGACCCCCAACGCUUUCUCCACUUCCAUUUUGACCUCCCCGUGCACACCGAGAGCUGGAAGGCAGACCCCAGAACUCAAGCCCUCUUACAGCUCCCUGCCAAGGAUGGGUCCUACUGGGACACAGCCUAUUUUGACAUCCUGCUCAGCCAGUUCCAGGUGUACCGGAUCCAGGAUGGCGUGCGCCACUCAGCAAUGUCCCAGCUCCUCUCCAAGAUCCAGCAAGAAAUCCUCCAGCAAAGCUGAGCAGGACCGCACUGCCACCCCAUCCAGGUGCCUCAAAACUCGAGGGGGUGCAAGGCAAGCUACAGGACCAGGGGACAGCAUACUGCCAUGUUGCUUUAUUGAGGGAAGAUGGUAGUGGGGGGGGCAAGUGCACAUCUGCUGCAGCUGGGUGAGGAUGGACAGCCUCUCAGCUCCCCUGGUAGAGCUGGGUACUGGGGUGGAUGUUUCAUACCAGGGUACCUAAUCAGGGGGGGAUGGCUGGUGUCCUGCACAGCUGGGGGCUGGUGCGGGGAUGGCCAAGGGUGAUAGUGGUGGGAAGGGAAAGGAAGGGACCUGCAGUCGGAUUCUGCAUCCAGCCCUUGUGUCAGCUUACAGUGGAGUGCCAUGCCCUGGGGGCAGGGGUAAGGGAGCAGCUGGGGGGGCAGGCCAUCAGGGUGAGGAGUGACCUUGUGUGGGGACAGGGAGAAGGGUUUGUGAGUCAUGUCCCACGUCUGCUGAGCUGCAGCCCUCACCUCCACAUCUCUUUCCUCCUCUGGCUUGGGUUGCUGGGUGUCGCAGUGUUUCCUGCCAGCACUCCAGGGAGGUGGCACAGCCACUCUGUGUGCCAGCUCCCUGCAGCCAGGCAAGGGGGCAGUGCCACGCUACCUCGUCUGGACACCCCCUUUGCAGGGGUGCUCACAGCCGGCUGCGGUGGCAGUGUCUGAGGGCGUCUCGCAGGCCAUGCAGCACACGGUCCACGUUGCUGCUGGUUGAGUUGCAGCCCAUGAGGCCGAUUCGCAGGACCUGAGAGGACAAGGGCAAGCAUCUCCCUGCAGCACCCACCUUUGCGGCUGUGCCUCAGCACCAUCUCCCUCUGGGCAGAGUGGCCAGUGGCAGAGUGCAGGCUCCGGCAUAGAGCAGGGGGUGUGUGAGGAGUGGCCACGUGUACAGCCAGGCGUGAAUGCAUGUGCCCAACUCCCUGCUUGCUCCUGUUUAACACAUGGUUCCCCAAAAGAUGUGUCACUCUGCUAA